CGUCACAGGCCGGUCAAGAGCAUAACUGUGUGGAUCUGCACAGCAGUUUGGAGGUCGCAAACAGCCUUCGCUUGCUCACGACUUCCCCGCGAGGUGGCCCCUGCGACUAUGGGAAAUAAGAUCCCUUUUACAGACCAAACAGCGUUAUGCCCGUUUCCCAGAUGGGGAAACCGGGAAGAGGUCGGUCCGCGACCCUCGGAGCGCGCAGAGGCGGAGCCGCGCGGCCCUCGGGCACUCCCCGGCGUGGGCGGGCCCUGGCCCUUGGCGCUCGGGCUGGGUGGGCAGGGUGCUGGUCCUGCCACGCAGCCGCAGAGGCUCGGCCCCGCGGGCGGGCGGCAGGAAGGGAGGCGACGCCCCCUGGAGCGGCAGGAACCCGGCCGGGCCCGCCUCCCCGCCCGCCGAGCCGCGCCGGCCCCAGAAGUGAUGAAAGCCGCGGCCGAGUCCAGGUCACGCCGAAGCCGUUGCCCUUUUAAGGGGGAGCCUUGAAACGGCGCCCGGGUUCCAUGUUUGCAUCCGCCUCGCGGGGAGGAAACUCCAUGUUGUAACAAAGUUUCCUCCGCACCCCCUCCCUCCCCCUCCCCCUAAGAACCUGGCUCCCCUCCCCUCUGAAGCUCGCGGGGAUCCCUCCCUCCCACCCCUCCCCUCCCCCCCGCGCCCCGAUUCCGGCCCGAGCCGGGGGGGAGGCCGGGCACCCGGGCCAGAGUCCGGCCGGAGCGGAGCGCGCCCGGCCCCAUGGACAGCUCGGCAGUCAUUACUCAGAUCAGCAAGGAGGAGGCGCGGAGCCCGCUACGGGGCAAAGGUGACCAGAAGUCAGCGGCUUCUCAGAAGCCCCGGAGCCGGGGCAUCUUCCACUCACUCUUCUGCUGCGUCUGCCGCGAUGACGGGGAGGCCCUGCCGGCCCACAGUGGGGCGCCCCUGCUCGUGGAGGAGAACGGAGCCGUCCCCAAGCAGACCCCAGUCCAGUACCUGCUUCCCGAGGCCAAGGCCCAGGACUCGGACAAGAUCUGCGUGGUCAUCGACCUGGACGAGACCCUGGUGCACAGCUCCUUCAAGCCAGUGAACAAUGCCGACUUCAUCAUCCCCGUGGAGAUUGAUGGGGUGGUCCACCAGGUCUAUGUGCUGAAGCGGCCCCACGUCGAUGAGUUCUUGCAGCGGAUGGGCGAGCUCUUCGAGUGUGUGCUGUUCACCGCCAGCCUGGCCAAGUAUGCAGACCCGGUAGCGGACCUGCUGGACAAGUGGGGGGCCUUCCGGGCGCGGCUGUUUCGGGAGUCCUGCGUCUUCCACCGGGGCAACUACGUGAAGGACCUGAGCCGGCUGGGCCGAGACCUCCGGCGGGUGCUCAUCCUGGACAACUCUCCCGCCUCAUACGUCUUCCAUCCAGACAACGCCGUACCAGUGGCCUCGUGGUUUGACAACAUGAGUGACACGGAGCUCCACGAUCUCCUGCCAUUCUUCGAGCAGCUCAGCCGUGUGGACGACGUGUACUCAGUGCUCAGGCAGCCACGGCCCGGCAGCUAGUGAGGUGCCCUGGGGCCAGGACCUGCCCCUGACUGCCACCCACACCCCUCACACGCGGACUUUUCCCUAAGAAAGCCCAGCGGCCGCCGCCACCACCACCUCAGUGCCAUGGGGAAGUGGGCGCCCCCCCCCCCCCCCACCAGCCUGGCCAGGCCUCGAAGGGG